AUGACCACGACGACCACACGUGCUCUCACGCCGCUGCUUGCAUUCUGCAGUCGCGCCGCCGCUGCUGCUGCUGCUGCACAGAGUAAAGGCAGCGUUGUGGGAACUGUAUGGGCACCGAAGGCCGCCGAAUACGAGAAGCAGAUUGGCACGGACAAAGUACUGGAGGAAUAUUACCAGAGACCGAGGCUAUCCGAUAUUCUUGAGAUGCAUGAGAAGCCGCUGCACUAUUACCUCCUCAAUUUUGGUCCUCAGCAUCCGGCAGCUCACGGCGUGCUUCGGCUUGUCCUCGAAUUGGAUCACGAGAUGGUUGUGAAAGCGACGCCACAUAUUGGCUUGUUGCAUCGCGCCACCGAGAAAUUGAUUGAGUACAAAACGUACACGCAAGCGUUGCCGUAUUUUGAUCGCUUGAAUUACGUCACAAUGUUGACCAAUGAGCAAGGAUUUUCAUUGGCGGUCGAGAAACUAUUGGGAAUAGAAAUACCUCCACGAGCUAAAUGGAUUCGCACUUUGUACUCGGAGCUGAAUCGUCUUGCCAAUCAUGCGUUCAGUGUUGUCACUCAUGCGCUCGAUAUUGGUGCAAUGACGCCGUUGUUCUGGAUGUUCGAAGAACGUGAAAAACUGUUUGAAUUCAAUGAACGUGUGUCGGGUGCUAGGAUGCACGUCAAUUACAUCAGGCCAGGUGGCGUGGCCUGGGAUUUGCCCCUGGGAUUGAUGGAUGAUAUUUAUAAUUGGGCUGUACAGUUCCCACAACGUAUCGAUACAAGCCGAACGGUUGAUAUUGGAAUAGUGACCGCAGAGGAUGCGAAAAAUCUCGGCUUUUCGGGUGUUAUGCUACGAGGAAGUGGAGUGAAGUAUGAUAGCCGAACGGUUGAUAUUGGAAUAGUGACUGCAGAGGAUGCGAAAAAUCUCGGCUUUUCGGGUGUUAUGCUACGAGGAAGUGGAGUGAAAUAUGAUGUGAGAAAAGCGCAUCCAUAUGAGGUUUACGAUCAGGUUGAGUUCGAUGUGCCUGUUGGAACCAAAGGAGAUUGCUACGAUCGAUACCUGUGUCGCAUGGAAGAAAUGCGUGAAAGUUUAAGAAUCGUGCUUCAGUGCCUGAACAAAAUGCCACCUGGUGAGAUAAAAGUGGACGAUCACAAAGUGGUGCCACCAAAACGAGGUGAAAUGAAGAACAGCAUGGAAUCGUUGAUUCAUCACUUCAAAUUCUUUACGGAAGGCUAUCAGGUGCCACCAGGUGCUUCUUAUGUACCCAUUGAGGCUCCGAAUGGUGAAUUUGGCACAUAUGUGGUUGCAGAUGGAACAACGAAACCGUAUCGAUGCUUUGUAAGGGGACCCGGAUUUGCACAUUUGGCUGGCAUUCACGACCUGUCAUACAUGAGUAUGAUUUCGGAUGUGGUUGCGAUCAUUGGUACCAUGGAUGUUGUAUUUGGUGAAGUGGAUCGCUGA